ACGCGCCCUCAAAUUAAGUCAUUUUCACCGUUCUUCUACAUCGCGAAGCCUGGUUUUCACAAUUUUCUGGUUUUCACAUUUUUCUGGUUUUCCGGCGAGGAAAUCUGCGAAGAGCCGCGCGGUUCCGGUCACGGCAUCAUAUACUCCGUACAUACAAAUCAAUUCAGAAAGAUACGGAUACGGAUACGAUACAUAUAUUGGCAGAUGAACUGAGAUGGGGGCGACGGGAUCGAAACUGGAGAAAGCUCUGGGAGAUCAGUUUCCGGAGGGAGAGAGAUACUUCGGUCUUGAGAAUUUCGGAAAUACUUGCUACUGUAACAGCGUCCUCCAGGCUCUGUAUUUCUGUGUUCCAUUUCGGGAACAGCUGCUGGAGUACUAUUCAAAUAACAAAAACCUCGCUGAUGCGGAUGAAAGUCUCUUGACAUGCCUGGCAGACUUAUUUAUGCAGAUUAGCUCGCAAAAGAAGAAAACUGGAGUGAUUGCUCCAAGACGCUUUGUACAGAAACUGAAGAAGCAGAAUGAGAUUUUCCGCAGUUAUAUGCAUCAGGAUGCUCACGAAUUCCUGAACUACUUGCUGAACGAACUUGUUGACAUACUGGAAAAGGAAUCAAAUGCUGCCAAGAGUGAUCGAGAAACUUCACCGUCAUCUGAAAUUGUUUCAAAUGGACCAAAGGCCAUUCUUUCCAAUGGUCACACAAAUGGCAAUCAUAAGGAGCCUCUUGUGACCUGGGUGCACAAAAACUUCCAGGGUAUUUUGACCAACGAAACACGGUGUUUAUGUUGUGAGACUGUAACUGCAAGGGAUGAAACGUUUUUCGACUUGAGCCUUGAUAUUGAACAGAACAGCUCAAUUACAAGCUGCCUUAAGAAUUUCAGUUCCACCGAGACUUUGAACGCCGAAGACAAAUUCUUUUGUGACAAGUGUUGCAGCUUGCAGGAGGCUCAAAAGAGGAUGAAGAUAAAGAAGCCACCCCACAUCCUAGUCAUCCACCUCAAGAGGUUCAAAUACAUUGAACAACUGGGCAGGUACAAGAAGCUCUCCUACCGCGUCGUCUUCCCCUUAGAGCUCAAGCUGAGCAACACGGUCGAGGAGGCAGACGCCGAGUACUCCCUGUUCGGCGUGGUGGUCCACGUCGGAACGGGGCCCAACCACGGCCACUACGUCAGCCUCGUCAAGAGCCACAACCACUGGCUCUUCUUCGACGACGACAGCGUGGAGAUGAUCGACGAGUCGGCCGUCCAGACCUUCUUUGGAUCGGCGCAGGAGUAUUCCAGCAACACUGACCAUGGCUACAUUCUCUUCUAUGAAAGGGUUUCUUCUUCUGCCGCCGCCGCCACCACCACUGCCGCCGCCACCACAACCUAAGGAAAGAGGGGAAAAAAAAAGAAACAAUUUUUUGUCACAGGUUCUUCCCUUUUUUUCUUUGUUAGCAUUUUUAAUGUUGUCUAGCCAUUUGGGACUGUGGUGGGACCCUUUGUCGCGUGGGGCCCAAUAUAUUUCAAAUGUUAUCUGUGUAAUAUCUCUAUUAUGAAACAUUAGGCUGUGUUUUCCUUGUACAAAGGUGGUGGGAGCUAACCAUUCUAUUUCUAUUCCAAUAAAAUGGGAAAUUCGAUCCUUUAAUGUGGGGGAAAAACGUACUGCAUUUGGGUUCUUGUGAGAAAUUGUGUUAGUAAAGGCAAGAGUUGGUU